UGCGCUUCAAUCGAUCAAUCAUACUGGUGUUCAGACAAAUCAUUAUGUCUGACUGGUCUGUUGACCAACACUACGAUCGCCGAUCUACCACAAUGCUCUGAUGGCUACUGCAGUGGCGAAUCAUGUCGCUGCGAGUCCUCUUGCAUGAACUCCAUCUGGCCCUGCAGUGGCACCGUGAUGGGCAUGAUCAUCCUCAUGGCAUUCUACGGCGUCAUCUUGGCUUUUGGCGCCAAGUUCAUCUCGGAUGGCUCUGAGCUGCUGCUCGAGAUCCUCGACCCUGGUCUGAUCGGUGGUCUGCUGCUGCCCUUCCUGUCGGCCUUCCCCGACGCCAUGAUCAUCGUUGUCAGUGGUGCCUUUGGCAACGACCCACAGACCCAGCUGGGUGUGGGCAUUGGAACCCUAGCCGGCUCAACAAUCAUGUUGCUAACCAUCCCCUGGUCUGCCAGUCUCUUGCUGGCGCGCACAGAUAUUCGCAAUGGACACUCAGUGGACGGCGUCUGCACCUCAUGGUCGCUCACCGAGACUGGUGCCUCAGUCGACGAUGACACUCCCCUCAACGCCAAGAUCAUGAUGGUCACCAGCAUCAGCUACUUGAUCGUCCAGGGUGUGGCUUUUGCCUAUCUCAAGGACCCAGCAUCGGGCCAGAGCGUCGAGAAAUGGUUCGCUCUCACUGGAUUCAUCGUGUGCAUCAUCCUGCUCGUUUCCUACAGUGUCUACCAGGUCGUUCAGCCCAAGCUGCAAGAGAAGAAGAUGGCUGAGGCCAAGAAGAGAUACAUGCUCGAGCAGACAAUGCAUCACUUCCUCCACAACUUGAUGAAGCGCCGCGGUGGUCCCUUCUCUGCAUCAUCCCCAUCGACCGGUGCCGGUAGCGAGGCUGGCCAGUCAUCCUCGAGCGCCGCCCCACACACUAUUUCAGAGACAGCUGCCCUGGGUAUUGGUUUGAAGUGGAAGUCCAAGGCACACGCCAAGUCAACCGAGCGCGAUGAGGCUUCGAUUCAGGUCGAUGACAAGUCUCAAAAGCCGGCUGCUAAGGACGACGACGACGAGGAAGAGGAGAGCAGUGGACCAUUGACACCUGCCGAGAGAAAGAAGAUUGCACUUCGCGCCACCUUCUGGCUGGCUGUCGGCAGUGUGAUGGUGUCAGUGUUCAGUGACCCCAUGGUUGGAGUCAUCACAGACUUUGGCAACAAGCUCAACAUCAAGCUGUUCUUCAUUUCAUUCAUCGUGACACCCUUCUGCUCCAAUGCCUCUGAGCUCAUCUCCUCGCUGAUCUUCUCCUCCAAGAAGAAGAAGACCAACACAUCCCUCACCUACUCUGCUCUCUACGGUUCAGCAACCAUGAACAACACAAUGUGUCUUGGUAUCUUCUUUGCCCUUGUGUACUUCAGGAACUUGACAUGGGAGUUCUCAGCAGAGACUGUCACAAUUCUAUUCGUCACGAUGGUUGUUGGAACUAUUGGUGCCCUUAACAAGACCAUGAGGUUCAUGUUGGCACCUUUGGUCCUAUCACUCUAUCCACUCUCCAUCCUGUUGGUGUACAUUCUUGAGACCUUUGCUCACUGGCAAUAA